GCACGAGCCUAUUACGAUUUUGUUUACGUCACGGCAUUGUUGAGCUCGAGGAAGCGACUGACAAGUCCUCGAGCUGUCGAACUUCGACAAACAGUGCUUUUUCCUGAUUAUUUCAUUGUUUCUAAACGCGUGCCGUUAAGCCUGUUUUUCUCCGUGCACAUCUGUAGUAAAGUUUAAAGGGUCAGAAUUAGCUCGCCAGCUUUCUGACUGCAUUGAUUGAGUAGCUGUCAGCUCGCAGCGGUGAAGUGUGCACACUUAUCGUUCAGCAUCAAGAAACCCCUGCAGCCUUCCUAUCGAUCUGCAUCGAUCCGCUGAGGAUUCAUUGGUAGUGAGUGAUGGGGGCCCAGAGGAGUGAGGGACGCAGAGACUGGCUCCAGCAGGAUUUCAGCGAGCAGCAGGUGCAGACAGCGAAUCCCUGGAACAUCAUGAUCAAACACAGACAGGUUCAUCGCAGAGGACGACGCUCACAGAUGACAGUUAGUUACACAGAUCCUGUCAUUUCCAUGGAUCUUCUGCGAACUGUUCUGCAGCCCAGCUUUAACGAAGAUAUCCGUGCUGUGUUCAGAAAAUAUAUGAAGUUUUUUGAGAAAGCGGCCAGCAAUGUGAAAGAGAAUGUUGGAGGAGAUGUCCAGCCUGACCAGCUUAUCAGAGAUGCCUGCAGAAGCUGCCUGGAACAUAGUGAAUAUAAUUUCAGGGCUUUGGGAAUGGGCGGUACAAGAGGAAGAAUCUACAUCAAACAUGCAGAGCUCUUCAAGUAUGCCGCUGAUGCUCAGGACAAACACUGGCUUUCAGAAAGACAGCACAUGAGAGCUACCGGUGGAAAGAUGGCCUAUCUGCUUAUAGAAGAGGAUAUUCUUGGUCUUGCCCGAAGUGAAGACUACAAGGACUGCCCUGACUUGAAGCUGGAUGAAUUGAAACCAUUUCUAGUGCCCUUGUGGAUGGUGGAGAAAAUGCAGAAAGCAAUGGACGCACAGAAAACCGAAAAUGAACUUGUCAUGUAAUACCAACCUCGUCAGGCAAGUCAUUGGACCACGGACACUCUUGAGUGUUGCCCAUUUAACAUAACGAACUUUUUGUUGUUUAUUUUGUUUGUGCGAUGUUCACGGUAGACCCAGGCAUUAUGAUCAAGUUGCCAAGAAAUUGUUCUGUUGGAGGUUUACUUGCCAAAUCAUUUUAAUGUGCAAUUGUCUAAACUGGUCUAGAUCUCAUUUCUUUUUUUUCUAUCAUCAAAUGUGUGCUUUUUUUUUGUAUU